AUGCAACUCUUGGCGUUUGCAGACGGAGGAGUCAGGACUCAGGCAAAACCUACACUGUUCAGGAUUCAGCAACCAGCCAAGGAACAUAUCAAGAAUAUUGAAAAAACAGCUGCUAGUGCUCUACAAGAGACUUCAGAGGCCUUGUGUACACAACAUCCAAAAUCAGAUGAAAAGCUUGACAGCAUACAACUUUGGUGGCCUGGAAAAGAGCUAGCUAUGGAUAAGAAGCUAUCCGACUAUAUUGGUGUUAAUGAUAAAACAAAGAUUGUCAUCAGGCUAAGCCUCCCAAUGAACCCUUAG